AUGUUGUCAAAUGAAACAAAAGAAACUAUCGCUCGAAUUCGAAGGCAAUUAUCUCUGUUUGGUUGGAAAAUUCUCUACGAUUGGACGUUUUCAUUAGCCGCACUUAUUGCAUAUUAUUUACUUAUUUCAUUACUACCACUUGCAGUAAGCUUGUUUGCGGUUGUUAGUUUGAUAUUUAAUGAUCGAGAAGAAUUUCAAAAACGAAUGCGUGAUCGCUUAACAGUAACAUUUCCUGAGCGAGGUUUCAAUGAUACGAUCGAUUCGUUAUUUAAUUCAAUAUCAAAACAAGCUGGUGUAUUGUUUGCCGUUGGUUUUGUUAUAUCAAUUUUUACUGGCUCACGUUUAUUCGUCGGUAUUGAUGAUGUUUUAACAAUUAUAUAUCGUAUACGUGAACGAACAAUUCUCGAUCAAAAUUUUCUUGCACUUAAAAUGAUUUUAGCAUUUAUAACAAUAACACCAUUUAUUAUUUUAUUUUCAUCGGUUCCAGCUAUUUUAGAAAGUCAUCAAGGAUUUUAUCAAUUUUUAGUGGUUUUUAUUAGUUGUAUACUUUCAUUUAUAUUCAUUGAACUCAUUUAUGUAAUUGUUCCUAAACGUCAAAUGCGAUGGAAACAUACUUGGUGUGGGGCAUUCGUUGCAGCUGUAGGUUUGCAACUUGUUCUUUUAAUUUUUCCAUGGUAUGUUCAUCAAUUUAUGAAUGAUUAUGCUGGACAAUUAGGUUUCGUAAUAAUUAUAUUACUAUUUUUUUAUUUAUUUGGUCUAUUAUUUGUCAUUGGCGCUCAAAUCAAUGCAUUCUUCUUCGAUCAUAUUCAACCGUUGAAAGCUGGUCUCGGCACAUGUCUAUGUGAAUCUGUUGAUCGUGAACAAAUACAAUUAACCGAUGAAAAUUUUCAAACACAUGAGUUUAUGGCUGAAGAGUUAAAUCAUAUUGAUCAACCAGCACUGCCAUAA